AUGAUAGAUGUUCCAAAUGACGAUAAUUUAACUGACGAAGAUGGGCUUGAAUUUGAGUUGGAUGAUAAGGAGGAUAAUGAGCCACAAUAUAAGAUGAUAGAUAUGAAUGAUAAAGUUGAAGAACCUAAGGAAUCAAUGAUGUUUGAUUCAAUGGAAAAAGUGGAAGACUAUUAUAGGAAGUAUGGUCAACAAGUUGGUUUUGGGGGUUAUGAGCAACUUAUUUUUGGAGAGAAAGAUUGUAGGAAUUAUAUUGAAAAGGCAAGAGAGCUUCGUCUUGGCAAAGGAGGUGCUCAAGCACUUCGUGAUUAUUUCAAUAGAAUGCAAAAGCAAAAUGAUGGAUUCUAUUUUGUGAUGGAUGUGGAUGAUGAUUGUAGGUUGCGAAAUGUAUUUUGGGCUCAUGCACGAAGUAGGGCAGUUUCUGAAUUCUUUGGGGACAUCAUUACGUUUGACACGACCUACUUGACCAAUAGAUAUGACAUGCCAUUUGCUCAUUUCGUAGAUGAAGGUGUAAUUCCUACCUAUCAAGUGAUUGAAGUUGGUGUCAUCAAUAGAAACAAGAAAGACGUAUCACAUUGUGUUUACUACAAUGAAGAAAAUGAAGAGGAGGUAGAAGUGCAGUGCACUUGUGCAUUGUUUGAAACAAGAGGUAUCUUGUGUAGGCAUGCCAUUUCUGUGCUAUUGUCAAAAAAAGUUGAAACAUUGGCACCAAGAUUCUUUCUUAUGAGAUGGAGGAAGGAUCUAAGGCGAACAUACACAUUGUUUAAGAGUAAUUACGACAAUUUUGGUAAUAACUCUGAUAACAAAAGAUAUGACAACUUGUCCAAAAAUUUAGAAAAAUUGGCAUCGCUCGGAUCAAAAGGCAAGCACAUUUUACACUAUGGUGAUGAAAGGAGUUGA